AUGUACUAUCAGUCAGGUGAUCAUAUUGUGGGUGGCAUUGUCACAUUAGCUGCUUUCCUACAUGCUACUAUAGAGUUCACCAAAGUCCCACCACCACCAUUGCCUGAAGAGCUUAUAUUAGUUCCUAAACAUUACCAAAAUAUUGUGGCCCAGGCAUUUGCCAUCGAGGAAAUCAAUAAAAACUCAGAGACAUUAUCCAAUGUCACCCUUGGCUUCAACAUCUAUGACAGUUACGCCAGUGCACAGAAAACAUACCAUUCAACAAUGUUACUGAUUUACAACAGGAAAAACCCUUUUCUCAAUUACAUCUGUGGUAUCCAGAAUCAUCUGACCUCAGUGAUUGGCGGACUAGACUCCAAAACUUCCAUUGUCAUUGCAAAUCUCUUGGAUAUCUAUAAGAUCCCACAGAAAGCGACUGGGCAGCGCCAAGAACCUUCCUACCUCUACUGGACUUUGUGGUUGUCUCCGCACUUCCUGGCAAGCAUAUUAGUUCCUAAAUAUUACCAACAUAUUGUGGCCCUGGCAUUUGCAGCUCAGGAGAUCAAUAAAAACCCAGAAAUCUUAUCCAAUGUCACUCUUGGUUUCAACAUCUAUGACAGUUACUUCAAUGCACAGAAAACAUACCAUUCCACAAUGUUACUGAUUUACAACAUGAAGAGCAUUUUUCCCAAUUACAUCUGUGAUAUUCAGAAUUACUUGACUUCAAUGAUUGGGGGACUAGAUGCCAAAACUUCCAUUGACAUUGCAAAUCUCUUAGAUAUCUAUAAGAUCCCACAGCUGCACUCCUUUUUAAAAGGUCUGUCAUUUAAUAACAGUGCUGGAGAUCUGGUUUCCAUUGACUACAAUGGAGAAUUACUAGCUGGAUACGAUAUACUGAACUGGAUUGUUUCUUCUAAUGACUCCUUCCAUAGAGUUAAAGUUGGGAGGUCCCAGCCUGUUUCUAUAUGCACUGGGAGUUGCCAUCCUGGUACCAGCAAGAAAAUCAAGGAAGGGCAGCCGUUUUGUUGCUAUGACUGCAUUCCAUGCCCAGAUGGGAAGGUUUCAGAGAAGGAGGAUACAAAUGAUUGUUACUUGUGUCCAGAAGGAAACUAUCCAAACAAGAACCAGGAUUCCUGUAUUCCUAAAACUUUGACAUUUCUGUCUUAUGAGGAACCUCUGGGAAUCAGUCUAGUCUUCUUUGUUCUUCUGUUUUCUUUGCUCUCAGUAAUGGUGCUUAUAAUAUUUUUGAAGAACCAUAACACUCCCAUUGUCAUAGCUAAUAGCCGAAAUCUCACCUACAUUCUCCUCAUCUCCCUCCUGCUCUGCUUCCUUUCUGCAUUCCUAUUCAUUGGUCAUCCAGAGAAGAUGGUAUGUCUCCUGCAACAAAUGACUUUUGGGGUUGUCUUUACAGUGGCUGUUUCAUCAGUAUUGGCAAAAACCAUCACAGUGGUUCUAGCUUUCCAGGCCACCAAGCCAGGAUCCAAGAUGAGAAUGUUUGUGGGGAAGAGACUGUCCAACUCCAUUGUCAUUUCCUGUUCUCUUAUUCAAACAGGUAUUUGCAUAGCAUGGCUAACAACUUCUCCUCCAUUCCCAGACCAAGAUAUGGAUUCAGUAGUUGAAGAAAUUAUUGUGCAGUGCAACCAAGGCUCUGUGACUAUGUUCUACAGUGUCCUAAGCUAUUUGGGCUUCUUGGCUGUUAUUAGUUUCAUAGUUGCCUUCAUGGCGAGGAAAUUACCUGAUACUUUCAAUGAAGCCAAGUUCAUCACUUUCAGCAUGUUGGUUUUUUGCAGUGUCUGGAUAUCCUUUGUUCCAACCUAUUUGAGCACCAAGGGGAAAUACAUAGUGGCAGUGGAGAUAUUUUCCAUCUUGGCCUCUAGUGCUGGUUUGCUGAGCUUCAUCUUUCUUCCCAAAUGUUAUAUAAUUGUUAUAAGGCCUGACUUGAACAGCAGGGAAAAUUUAAUGAAGAGAAAACAAUUCUAA